GCGGCCGGGGGCGGUGCGGGGGCGCGCCGAGCGGGCUGGAGCCGAGCGAGCCGGCCGGGGUGCUCCCCUCUCCCGGUGGCGAGGGUGCGGGCCGCUGCCUGCGCGCGGCGGGGUUAUUCUGGGCUUAGAAAGUUGGCUGGAAGUACUGGAGGUUACAGCACGGUGGCUUUCUAGAAGAUGACCAUAGAGGAUCUCCCAGAACCUUCCCAAGAAGGAGAUUCAUUGAUUGAAAGAUAUCAGUUUUUAUUCCCAGGCUCUGAAACAUCAGUUACUUUUUCAGUUGCAGCAGCACCAAUGCCUUCGGACUGUGAGUUCUCCUUCUUCGAUCCUAAUGAUGCAGCAUGCCAAGAAAUUCUUUUCAACCCUAAAACAUCAGUUUCUGAAUUGUUCGCCAUCUUACGGCAAUGGGUCCCACAGGUCCAGCAGAACAUUGAUAUAAUUGGAAAUGAGAUCAUUAAUAGAGGCUGCAGUGUGAAUGAUAGAGAUGGACUGACUGAUAUGACUCUCUUACAUUACACCUGCAAGUCAGGGGCUCAUGGUAUUGGUGAUGUUGAGACUGCUGCCAAAUUCGCCUCUCACCUUAUUGAUCUGGGUGCAGAUACUAGUUUGCGUAGUCGCUGGACAAAUAUGAAUGCUUUGCAUUAUGCUGCCUACUUUGAUGUUCCAGAACUUAUUAGAGUUAUUUUGAAAAAUGCAAAGCCCAAAGAUGUGGAUGCCACCUGCAGUGACUUCGAUUUUGGAACAGCUUUGCAUAUUGCUGCGUUUAACUUGUGUACUGCAGCAGUGAAGUGUUUACUGGAACAUGGAGCGAAUCCUGCCUUUAGGAAUGAUAAAGGACAGAUUCCAGCAGACGUGGUUCCUGAUCCGGUAGACAUGCCAUUGGAGAUGGCAGAUGCUGCAGCAAGUGCAAAAGAAAUCAAGCAGAUGCUGUUGGAUGCAGUGCCUCUGUCAUGUGACAUCUCAAAGGCCAUGCUUCCAAACUAUGAUCAUGUCACUGGCAAGGCCAUGCUUAUGUCACUUGGCUUGAAACUAGGAGAUCGUGUUGUUAUUGCAGGACAAAAGGUUGGUACAUUAAGGUUUUGUGGCACAACAGAAUUUGCCAGCGGGCAAUGGGCUGGUGUAGAACUGGAUGAACCAGAAGGAAAGAAUGACGGAAGUGUUGGAAAAGUCCAGUACUUCAAGUGUGCACCAAGAUGUGGUAUCUUUGCACCUCUUUCUAAAAUAAGUAAGGCUUCAGAUCACAAGAAGAAUUUUGUCAGAAGUCCUUCCACACGAUCUACUUUGGUCAAGUCCAAGAAAAUCGAUGUAACGCAUAUAACUUCAAAAGUGAAUACUGGCUUAGCUACAUUAAAAAAAGAUAGUAGUGCUGAAUCCACCUUUUUGGCUACUGAAGAAGGAAUGAAAACUAUGCCUGGUAAAGAAGCUUUCCUUGGAUCCAGCAGUUCUUCCUCUUCUACUACCUCUUUAGAGAGCAAACAGAAUCAUCCCAAGAAAUGGAACUCAACUAACAGCAAUAAAAAGGCAGUGCCUAAAGUAGCUCCUACCUCAACUAAAAGCAGUGCGGGACUGAAUAAUGCUUCUCCGUCUACAAGAAAAAACCCUUUUGAUGAAGGAGAAAUUCAGCUUGGAGACAAAGUGUUAGUGGUAGGGCAGAGAACUGGCACUGUUAGAUUCUAUGGGACAACAAAGUUUGCACCAGGCUUUUGGUGUGGCAUUGAACUGAACAAACCUCAGGGCAAGAAUGAUGGUUCAGUUGGAGGGGUCCAGUACUUCAGUUGUCUCCCCAGAUAUGGCAUAUUUGCCCCACCAACCAGAGUGCAGAGAUUAACAGGUUCCUUAGACUCCCUCACAGAAGUUUCAUCAGGUAAAAUGAAUCAUCCUUUCCCAGGUUUUAGACGAAGUUUAAGUACAACUUCUGCAUCUUCACAGAAGGAGAUAAACAGGAAAAACUCCUUUGUCAAAUCUAGAAGCUCGCUGCUGCGGCGUAGUUGGAGCAACACCACUACGACUAACACGGAGGGAUCUGUGAAACUACAUGAGGGGUCUCAGGUCCUUCUGACCAGCUCUAAUGAGAUGGGCACAAUUAGGUACAUUGGCCCUGCUGACUUUGCACCUGGAAUAUGGCUUGGACUUGAACUCAGAAGUGCCAAGGGAAAGAAUGAUGGAUCUGUGGGUGACAAGCGCUACUUCACCUGUAAGACAAACCAUGGAGUCUUAGUUCGGCCUAGUAGAGUAACCUAUCGUGGGAUUAAUGGAGCAAAACUUGUGGAUGAUAUUUGUUGAACCAGAAUGCUUACAACCUGUGCAUCAAGCGCGAGUGCAAUGAUCUAUAAGCAUUAAACCACAUCCAAUAACCCCAACAUCAUCUGCACGGAAUGCUGACUUAAAUUUUAUCUGAACUAUGAAACCUGCUUUUUUUGGUAAUCUCUCUCUCUAGGCUCUAACCACCUCAAAGUCAUAUUCAGGAGUGGAAAUCAUAUACUCCUAUUUUGACACAGUCCCUGCCUGUGAGUUUCUUGUAAAAGCAUUCUGGGUUUGAUACUGCAUUAUUUGAAUAAUGUCCUACUCCCAGAAGGCCAGUAUAUCUGACAUUCUUUUAAGUUGCUUUGUGAUUCAAAGUAUUUGGAAGAUUUUCUUCCCUGUACUAAUGAACUGAUAAAUCAUGCUGCUGCCUUUUCAUAACAAAGGAGAUUGUUAAAUGAGACACAUUAGUCUAUGCAGUAUUGGUCCCAGGAUAUUAGAGACAAGGGUGAAUGCCUGAAUAUAUCUUUUAUUGGACCAACUUCUGUUGGUGAGGGAAACAAGCUUUUGAGUAUGCAGAGCUCUUUUUUUUUUUCUUCUUCUUCUUCUCAGACCUGAAGAAGAACGCUGUAUAGCAUGAAAGGUAUUCCUCCUCCACCUUGUUUUUCACAUUAGUCUGUUUACUAGACACUUUGUCCAUCUCCCUGUGAGCUAGUAGUAAUAAGCAGGAGAAAUGACUUUUUUUUUUUCAAAUCAGUUGUGAAACAAUUAAGAAUUUUAUCAUUCAGAAAAAAAACCCAUCCCCCAAAUUGGAAGAAUUUGCUGCUACAGUGCUAUGCCUGUGAACAGCAUAAAUGAAACAGAAAAAAGACUGUAAAAAGCACAAAUACACUGUUUCUGGUUUGCACUUUUCUCUGUGUGGAUUUGUAAAAAGACAGCCGCAUGCACUUUUCAAAAUAUAAUGCACUUUCAUCUCUCUCCUCUGGAGAGCUUUCCCCCACUGUUUGAAGACAUUCUUUUGUUUGCUGUUGUUGCAGGCUACAAGCAUCAUGUUCCAAUGCAUAUAGAACUUAGGUGGCACCACACAUAGAUAUUGGUGACCUUAUUACGUAUGGUCUGCAGGAGGUACAAUGCAGUAUAUAUAUAUUUUUUAAGCAAAGGUUUUUACUUUGCAUUUUAUAUAUUUCUUCAUUGUCCUUCAGAGCACAGUUUCUUCUUUGCUACAUUUGCCAUUUAUAAAAUUCGUAAAUUGCCUGUGAAUCUUCUUAGAUGUAGCAUGGUAACACUUAUUUAGAUGCAACAUGAUUUAUCUCAGUCUUUUAAAAUAAACGCAGUGCUUUCAGAAUUUUCCAUGUACAUCUUGAACAGCUAAAAUGCAGAACAUGUUUAGCAUGUAUUAACAAUACCUUUCUUAGUGCAAGUAUACAGGUUUCAGAAUAUCUCACAGUAAAAUGGUUUGCCACUUCUGAAUUAGCUGUUUCACUUAGUUGAGAAGUGUACAGUGCUUUAAAUUACAUUUGUAGUAUCCUGUUUUUAGACUGACUUUGUGCAGCUUUUACAAUGUAUUUUAAAUAUGGCUAUUUUUUCUGGACUAUUAAAAAAGGCUGCAUAGUGUA